UGCCAUGCAGUGAGUCACGUUAGUUACUAAGUAGAACGUACCUAUCUUACGAAUCCAUCAAUUUUAAGCUCCCGGUACCAGACAUAGAAAUACCCUCCAUUUCCUAGACUGAAAUACGAUCGAUCGACAUACCAUUGGCCUCGGCACUUCAGGCUUUUCCAGCUGUAAAAACACCAUAACACCUAGAUCCGGUCUAUCGCAUCGCAGCCACCAUGUCUUCAGCUCGCGAUAUCAACGCUAGCGUUCCAAUUGCUCACAGACCUGCGGUCUCAACCAGCUGGGGUCAAAAUCUUUCGACAUCGCCCACUGCCACCUUCCAGUCGCCUCCAGCCAGCUUUGGCGCCGGAUUGCAGCCUCGCAAGAGCGUGCCCAAAGUGCUCAAGCCCUUCAAUACCCAAGACAUCAAGAUCUUGCUGCUAGAAAAUGUCAACCAGACGGGACGAGACAUCCUUACGGGUCAGGGUUACCAGGUGGAGGCCCUGAAGACUUCCCUUCCAGAGGACCAGCUCAUUGAGAAAAUCCGUGAUGUCCAUGUUAUCGGAAUCCGAUCAAAGACCAAGCUGAGCGAGAAGGUUUUGAGCGAAGCCAAGAAUCUGAUUGUCAUCGGAUGCUUCUGCAUCGGCACCAACCAGGUCGACCUCAACUACGCUGCCCGCCGCGGAAUCGCCGUCUUUAACUCUCCAUUUGCCAACUCCCGCAGUGUUGCGGAGUUGGUCAUUGCCGAAAUCAUCACCCUAGCACGACAACUCGGCGAUCGAUCGCUUGAAAUGCACCGCGGUACCUGGAACAAAGUGAGCGCCAAGUGCUGGGAAGUGCGUGGAAAGACAUUGGGAAUUGUUGGCUAUGGGCACAUCGGCUCUCAGUUGUCGGUCCUCGCGGAGGCUUUGGGCAUGAGCGUUAUCUACUACGACGUGGUAACUUUGAUGGCGCUGGGAACCGCCCGCCAAGUUCCUACGCUGGACAACCUCUUGGAGGAGGCCGAUUUCGUGACUCUGCACGUGCCAGAUCUCCCCGAAACGAGAAACAUGAUUUCAACCGCUCAACUGGCCCGUAUGAAGGAGGGAUCAUAUCUGAUCAACGCGAGCCGCGGAACAGUUGUAGACAUCCCUGCUUUGAUCCAGGCCAUGCGCUCAGGAAACAUUGCAGGCGCUGCUUUGGAUGUUUACCCCAAUGAGCCGGCUGGCAAUGGCGACUAUUUCACCAACAAUUUGAACCAGUGGGGCGAGGAACUCCGUAGCUUGAGCAACCUCAUUCUCACCCCCCAUAUUGGUGGUAGCACAGAAGAAGCACAGAGCGCAAUUGGUGUCGAAGUUGCCGACGCGUUGGUCCGCUACAUCAACCUUGGUAUCACUUUGGGCAGUGUCAACCUACCGGAAGUUCAACUGCGAUCCCUGACUUUGGACGAGCCAGAUCACGCCCGAGUUAUCUAUAUCCACCGAAAUGUCCCUGGUGUGUUGCGUAAAGUCAACGAGAUUCUCGGUGACCACAACGUCGACAAGCAGCUCAGUGAUAGCAAAGGAGAUCUGGCAUAUCUGAUGGCCGAUAUCAGCAACGUAAGAUAUGAGCAAAUCAAGGAUAUCGUCGAGAGCUUGGAAAGCCUGAGCUCCUGCAUCAUGACCAGGGUCCUCUAUUAGACGAUCCACGGUCUCCUGUGUAGGAUUGGAGCCAAGUAAUCUCCGCUCGUUAUUGCAUAUUUAUUGGCUAGGAAAAAAGUUUUUAGAAACAUGGGUUUGCAGACUUGGUAUUGAGAAAAUCAAUAUAUAUGGGCAGUGGUCAUAAGUCACUUCAACAGUGCCCGUGCUGCUUCAACAGCUGUCAGUGGAUUAAUAUUUUAUUUGAUGGCUGGUAUUUUAUGUGCACGUGCAACAAUAGACCAUAGUAAUUAGGAACAAAAAAAAUUCUGGAAAAUGGACAUCAUACAUUGCAUACCUCA